AUGCUGAACCUUGCCAUCAUUGGUACAUCUUGGAUCACCAAGUCCUUUGUUGAUGCAGCUCUAUCUACUAAAGAAUACAAGCUUGUUGCUGUCUACUCUCGAUCGUUAGCAACUGCUUCUCAAUUCGCAGAGGAAUACAAGCUAGGUAAAGAUGCUUGCUACACCUCCAUUGACGAGAUGUGCAAGGACGCAAAGGUCCAAGUAGUCUACAUUGCCUCUCCAAAUUCUUUGCAUUUCGAGCAAGCAAAGCAAGUCUUGAGCCACGGCAAGCAUGCUAUUGUCGAGAAGCCAUGCUGCUCCAACACUUUGGAAUUUAUCCAACUCGAACGCAUUGCUCAGCAGAGCUACAAGGAGACUGGUGCUAUGUGCAUCGAAGCUUUCCGCCAUAUCCAGGAAAAGAACUUCAAAGUCCUCAAAGACAGUCUUCCGAAGCUUGGCAAAAUCUAUAUGAGUCUUUUACCAUUUGCUAGCUUUUCGAGCCGCUACACCGACAUCUUGGAGGGCAGACUAGCAGCGCCCGUCUUCUCUGCUGAUUUCUCUGGCGGUUGUCUGCUGGAUACUGGCGUAUACCCCAUUUCUUUUGCAAUCAGACUCUGGGGAAAACCAAAGAGCCAACAGUACUUUCCUUACAUGAUCCCACAAACUGGCACGGACGGCGGUGGUACCAUCUUAUUGGUGUAUGAUUGGGGCAUUGCCAAUAUUGUCACAAGCAAAAUCUUCACAUCCAAAGCAACCGUCGAGAUCUACGGCGAGAAGGGAACGCUGCGCGCCAAUGCAAUCACGGAUCUUGAUUCUAUCGAGUUUGUCGGCAACGCCAAGGGCACACAAGCAGAGCAACUCGCUGGUCCAAAGGAGUCGUUCAACCUAGCUGAAGAAGCUACAGAAUUUGCACGCAUCAUCAGAGACAAUGACAUUCAAGCAGCUGCUGAUCUCUGGCAAGUCAGUAGCGAUGUCAUGGAUGUCAUGACGGAUUUGAGGAAGCAAAAUGGUAUUGUUUUUGCCGCCGAAAGGUAA